AUGAUGCUUAACACACGGACAGUAACCAGAAGAAUUCCCCUACCUCGAGCUCACGCCAUUGAUUUCCGACGAACCAUGAGCUCUCAGGAUAAGAUUCACUUUGGGCCCUUCGAGGUCACCAGUCAGGUCUUCUUCAAAACGGCCCACUCCUUCGCCCUGGUCAACCUCAAGCCUCUCCUCCCGGGCCAUGUCCUCAUUUGCCCCUUGAAGCCUCAUAAACGGCUGACGGACCUCCCUCCGGCCGAGGUGACGGACCUCUUCACCACGACGCAGCUGGUGCAGAAGAUGCUGGCCCGCCGCUACUUCCCUUCGUCAUCAUCGUCGUCGGCGCCGGCGUCGCCGGAGGCCGGCUCCUUCAACAUCGCCGUACAGGACGGCGCGGACGCGGGGCAGACGGUGUCGCACGUCCACGUGCACAUCAUUCCGCGCAUCCCCGGCGAGACGGGCAAAAACGGGCCCGGGCCGAGAGACGAGAUCUACGAGCAGAUGGCCAGCGAGGAGGGGAACGUGGGCGGUGCGCUGUGGGACAGGGAGCUGGGGAAGAGGCCCGAGACUGGAGGGCAGUUUGCGAGGAUCGAGGAUGCGAUGAGGAAGGCGAGGACUAUGGAGGAGAUGGUCGAGGAGGCGAAGUCAUAUCGGGCCUUGCUGGAAGAGAUGGGCGCUAUCGGUGAGAGGUAG